AUGUUCCGUUGGUCGACCGUUCCCUGCCUGAUCCCUACUCCUCAGUCCACGAACCUCACUCAAACAUGGAGCACGCUGUGUCCACAACGCUCCUAGUUUUUACAUUGUUACAACUAUGCCGUGCAGAAAUAUCACAUAUUCUGCCAGGGCCAUGGUUCUCAGCCAAUUAUAUUAACGAAGACUUCUCGCCGAAGCCCAUUUCUGAGCUGUUCUCAACAAGUCCGAACCCUCUCACGCAGCCGUCAGCCAAUUUCGUCACACAAUCACCACAUAACUUCGUCACACAAUCUCCACCAAACUUUGUCACACAAUCAUCACCAAAUUUCGUCACACAGUCACCACCCAAUUUCGUCACACAAUCACCACCAAACUUCGCCACACAGUCACCACAAUAUGUCAACACGCAACCUGCACCACAGUUGACGCAAUCACCUCCUACGAUUCCACCACAGCAGUCACAACCAACCUUUUCUAUAACGCAGCCAAUAGUCGUACUUCCGUCUUCGUCGACUCCACAACCACCUACGUUUUCUUUCAUUAACCAAUCGCCAGGCACUACUUUGCCACAAACUUUCAGCACUUCAAAUAUUCCAACUUUCUCAAGCACACCUGUAUCAACAUUUGGACAAUUAGAUCUAUCUUCAGUAAAUGUCACUCCAUCUCCGAGUCCGAUACCUACUAUUGUCGACAUUGGUUCAACGGUCACGCAGCCUACUGUUCGCAUUGUACCACCGUCUUCCACUCAAGCCCCAACUUUAGCCAGUGAAAUUAUUCCAGCGCCUCCUUCAACAGCGCAACCUAAUUUUGUAGUAAUCUUCCAAGCACCACAAGGCGUGGACCAGUCUAGACCAGCAGCAGUCGCACCUGCAGCACCCACAGUAUCAACUCCUCUAGUAUCAUCAACUGUUGCCCAAACUCUCCCAACAUUACCCAGUUCGACGUUAACGCCAACAAUUUUAAGCACUUCAGCAUCUUCGCCAUUCACAUCACCUACUAACAUUUGCCGUACAUCUUCUAUUAUUCCACCGACAAUAGUGACUUCUUCAUUAGCACCGACAGUUAUUCCACCCAGAUUAUUAUCUACCAAGUCACCUGGCCUCUUAAUAAGAGUUGUUGCUCCGAAAGGAUCUAUAACAAACGUUAAAAUUAACCCAUCCACCACAACUCGCGCGCCACGCCCGAAAAGAACUCAGAAGCCAAAAAGAAACACACACGAAGCUUGCGUGCAGUCCUGCAGAGGAAGAAAGGAUACCCUUUGCAGCAUCCCACUGUCCUCGCCCUUGAUAGACACACGGGAAUUAAAGAGUUUCCCUUCGAUCUGCCACAUGGCUUGUCAUAACUCCUACAGGACUCCAGCAUAUGAAAAAAUAACCGACGGGCGUUGCAACAGACUCCGCACGAGGAUCGUGACAGUAGGCAGCAACAACAAACUGAGGCGAGACGAGCUCAAGAAAAGCGAAUACAGCAUUGUCAAUGUCGGGCAGCAAGGACACGUGGUGGAAUUUUCAAACGGCUCCAUAUGAGCUGCUUCAAAUGUAUUUAACGACACCGCACUAUCGGCGAACUCAUAGAAAGGCCGACGUGACUGAACGCACAUUAUGUAGUUUGUAUAUGACUUUUUACGUCAUAGUUUAAUUGUUUGCCGUUAUUGUGGAGCCUCUAUUAACACUGCGAACAGAAUGAGAUGAACUAAAACACCUAGUAGUCUCACGACUGAUGGAUUUGUUUACCCCGAUAAAGAAGAAAGAUCUUCUUGACUCUUUUCCCACUCAGGCACAGAAUAUCUGUGUCUCAUAGAUACUGCGUAGAGACACAAAUAUUUCCUGUUUAAAUUUCCUUCGUAGGAACUUAAUGUCCCUGGCUGUUUCCUAGGACUUUUAAACUACGGUUACUUUUGUAUUUAAUAUGCCUAUUGCAUUACUAUUUCUCUUGGUGAUGCCACCAAGAAAACCAUAGUGAUUGAUAGGAUAUCUACUACUUUGGAGUUAAACACUUAUUCGAUUUAAGUUGCCAUCAACUUGUAUAUAAACAUCAAAACAGGCUCAUCCUAUUUUCAAUAACAUUAUGUAUGAAGUAAAUAUAACUUCACAAAAUUCUUCCAUGUUUCCAUUGUGUCAUAAAAUUGAUAUGUAUAAAACUAUAUGUAAACUCCGCUUUUUCUUACAAGUCUUAUUACGUAAACAUUUUUACCAUGUUUUUUGUGAUAUUACAGCAAGAUAAAUUAAAACACACUUUUUAGGAAAUUACUCUUGUGGUUGAUAAAUAUUGUACUUUAGAAUUUAGAGAUUUAAAUUAUUAUUUGAUUUUCAGAAAAAUUCAACAAGUACUGUGAAGAUUAUUCACAAACAUAUAAACAGACCAAAUAUUCAAAAUAUACCAAACUGGAAAGUAGACCGAUUGUUUCGGAGGACUUAAUAGGACUCGUAGGAAAAAACGCAAGUUUAGGUAAUAAUAUUUUCAUAAAUUGUAUCAUGAAAAGCUUUAAACGCAUUACUGACUGAUAAAUAAUAAAUAGGACCACACAAUAAGUACUAACGAUCAUUUACGUAUUUUUAGAAAUUAUAUAUUAAUGUUACGAAUGACAGUGCCUUUAGAUUUAUUUUAAUUUGAAGAUGUAUGAUAAUUAAAUUUUUGUGUAUUAGUACCUAGCUAUACUGUAAUAAUGUGUGACAUCCUUAAAGUUUAAGUACUUCAUAAGAUACGUAAUUUUUUUUAUCAAGUUAAUGUUCUGAAACUGAUUAGACAAAUUGGGCAGCUCAUUGUAGGUACUUGUAUUAGUUCGGUCAAUGAAAAAAUUACAAUGUGUUUUUUUAGGUAAGUAUAUAAAAAUUUGUACACAAUCUUGACAUAUCAUAAUGAAAUAUAUACAUAUUUUAAAAUUCCAUACAUUAGCACAUUACAAAUAAAUUGAAUAAUUUUAUUUGAUAAUUAAUGUGUAAUAUACAAAGAUUUUAAUAUUUGAUGUUAAUAUUUCCAUAAAAAUAAGUGUCAAGAUUAUUUACCUUUUUUUAAAAUAACACAAAUAUAGAAUCAAUGUUGCAAAAAGACACUAUAGCUGAAUGAGGAUCCGAUUCACACACGAAAUCAUAAUAUAAUCAAUCUAAAAAGUUCGAUCGAUCGGUGUGUUCGGUUUACUUUUUGAUUCCGAAACUAUGCUAAAUCAUCAAAAAAAUUGGAGAAAAUUGAGUAUCAUUUUUAAAAAUAUCAGUAUCAUUAUAAAUAUAAAUUGCGACCUGUAUAGCUUUUUUGACUGUGCAAAUACAAGCUUAAUUAACUUUCAACCUACCCGACGCAAAUCAAUAUAAUUUAGAAUUAGAACAUGUUAUCAUUAACCUAAAUUUAGCAAUAAAACAGAUUUAAUAAUAAAUUUAGAAAUAAACUAUUUUAACGAU